CGGUUCUCGUUGCCUCGCCCCGGAUCCGGUUCCCAAAGCCCGACCUCACCUCAUCGGCGGCGAGAGGCGCGAUCGGCCGAGCAGGCGAAAACAACAACAACAAGCAGCCGCUACAGCAGCUACAGCAGCCGUGCAUCUCCAAGUGAACCCACCACCCACCCCGAACCGGAGACCUGCUGUAUUGAAUCAACCCCUUCCACUACCAUCUCUGCCGCCGAGGCCUCGGCUGAAUCUGGGCACGCACCCUCCCCGCAGUGCCACACAGCAGCAGCAACAACACCAUGGCAAGCCGUGGGUCGGCCAGCCGGCCCAAUUGCCAGACAGCCACCAACAAGAUGUGCCAGUUCAAGCUGGUGCUGCUAGGCGAGUCUGCCGUGGGGAAGUCCAGCCUGGUGUUGCGCUUUGUCAAGGGACAGUUCCACGAGUUCCAGGAGAGCACCAUUGGUGCGGCAUUCCUGACGCAGACUGUGUCCCUCGAUGAUACGACUGUGAAGUUUGAGAUCUGGGAUACGGCCGGGCAGGAGCGCUACCACAGCCUGGCGCCCAUGUACUACCGUGGGGCGCAGGCGGCCAUCGUCGUCUACGACAUCACAAACCUGGACUCAUUCGCCAGAGCCAAGACCUGGGUAAAGGAGCUGCAGCGACAAGCAAACCCCACCAUUGUGAUCGCUCUUUCAGGAAACAAAGCUGACCUUGCCAGCCAAAGGAUGGUGGAGUUUGAGGAGGCCCAGGGCUAUGCAGAAGAAAAUGGACUGUUGUUCAUGGAGACAUCAGCCAAGACGGCCAUGAAUGUGAAUGAAGUGUUCCUUGCUAUCGCCAAGAAGCUUCCGAAGAAUGAGCAGCAGAAUCCAGGCGGCAAAUCAAACGUUGUACCUAUCGACCCCACAUCUCAAACAAGCAGUAGCUGCUGCAACUAACUGAUGGGUCUCUCCUGGAUUUGUAUUUUGCUGUACAUUUAUAGCUGGCUGUUCCUUCGGUUGUAAACACUUCCUUAACAUUUUGCACACACUGUUUUCGCAAGCCCCUCUCCAGUGUGGUAACGUUUGUUUUCUGUUGUAUUCUUUCUGUGGAUUAUAUUUGGGAACACGUGAAAGAAAAUGUGGUGUUAUAUUAAAAACGGUUUUAGGCCGGCCUGGCUCUUAAUGAAACUCCUGUUUCUCCUGUUUAAAUAUGGCACUUAGUUCACAGUAGAAUCAUCGCCGGCCUUCUUGGGUUUAAAGCAUUGAAAAUUAUGGUAUUCAUCAACUUGACAAUAAUAUAUUUUCUUGGUCCACAUAUAUUGUCAAGUGUUUUUUUUUAAUUGACAGCAGUGAAGAUGCAAUUUGCUUUAUGAUGUUUUUGUGUGCUGAUGGUGUAUGUCCAACAUAGGGAAAUAUCUGCAUAUUUUGAAGGCCAAAUGCAGAAUGAUCUGUAGCUGCAAAAUAUGCACAUGUUAAUUUUAACACCAGUUUUAAUUUGCCCAAAUAGACAUAUAUGUGUAUGCUGCUAAUUAGCAUAGUUUUAAAGGCACUAAGAACCUUACUAUGAAACAUUUUCACCACAUUACAUGGAUCGAGAAGUGCUUGGUGUUAAAUAGCUUUCUCUGUUAUAACAUUACUGUAUAAUCUGUAUUAUCACUCGUCUUGCUAACUUUCUUGCAAUGUGAUAUACACAUUGCUUUAGCUGUCAGUGCUAACCUUGUAUACUCUUCCAUUGGCGUUGAUACACGAAACUGCAUGCCAGGUUUGACAUCAGAUCACACCUGUUUGUGAUGCUUUAACAUAGGCUAGCCCAUUGGUUCCUAUGCUGGCCCACUCAUUCUAACCCUGCUAAGAAUGCAUGUGCACACUAACCAUUAUUAACCAUUUAUAUUUUUGCUACGUAUUUCUUUUAAGCAGAUCAAGCACAUAAAAUACUGAACAGGGCUGUUGUCAUUGACAGAUGUAUCUUCUUUUGUUUUUGGAAUAACAUUUAAUGGUGACUUUUUUUUCCUUAUUUUCUGUUUGCAUUCAUAAGUCUCUUUCUCGUGGAAGUCUUGGGUAAUGUGUAAAUAGGAUAGUAUGACAUGGUUGUGUGAUUAAGGUCUGCAGGGUAAUGUGCACACCUGUGCUUGUGGUGAAGAACAGGACCCAACUGUUGAGAAAUUUGUGAUGCUUUUGAUAAGGCAAUAUACACUUGGGGGGAAAAACAGAUCAGCUGCCGCGUUUAUUAUACAUGUGUACAUUUUUCAUUUUAUGGAAAUGACGAUGUGCUGUUAACAUUUUGCGCUUUUGACACUUUAUGUUGAGAAAUGUUACUUGGCUCAAAUUAUGUACAUCAUUAAAAAGACAAUGACAUUCUUUGGAAUCCCAUACUGCAAGGUUGUCAUUUGUUGAUUUCAUCAACACAGUUUUGCCUCUAGAGUUCUUAUUGUUCCCAUAUGGGCUGUAGAGCUGAGAGUUUUUUUAGCAUUCAUGUUUUUCUUCUGCUUUAUUACUGAAUACUACAUAGGCUUUAGUUUACUACAUUUGAAUUGAGGUUUUAUGAAAAUGUGUUCACCGAGGAUAUUUUGAUGGGUUCAGUGAACUAUUUGUGGCAUCUCGCAUAUAUGCAUGAGCAUUUAUGUCCAAAAUGUUUUCUUGAAAUCCCUGUGAUUGGAAAUUGGUGCAUUAUAAAUGACAAAUGUUUAUAGCAUUUAAAAUGUUUUAUCCCUAUUUUACAAACUAUGAUUCUGCAUAAUAUCUUAGUUGCCUUUGGGAUCUAACCUUGCACAUUACAUGCUGUUUAUCCAGAGUUUGAAGAUUCCUGGUCCUGAAUGAGUGUGCAGAGAAGUGUAUUCAGUGGAUAACUGAUUAAGUGAUCUGAGAAAAUGCUUCUUUAAUACUUGAGUAUUUUUUCUUUGCGAAAGUUGUAAUCUGCUACAAGAUUGGAUUCGGUAGAUGUCUAGGGUUGAAUGCUAUCCGAGAAGGUUUAUGUAUCCAGGUCACCUCGCAUCUGGCAGGGCAUCUUAAAUGUGAUCAAUUAAUUGUGAUUAUUAAGAGCUGGUUACAACUGAACAAAAAAUUAAGGAAUAAGCAAUGUUUUGUAUGUUUUAAAGAUACCAUUUGCAGGGCAGCUUAAUUUGAGAUAUUGUUUUGCAGACCCUUGAAAUCAACAGCAUAUGCAGCCAUGAUUAUGACAUUUCACAAACCCAGAAGCAACAUCUUACGAUUGCAAUGACAUUGUUCCCAGUAGGGGGAGUGGUCGUGUACGUAAAGCUUAUUUUGCGUCCUUGUUUUCAUUUGAUUACAAAAUAACCAACACUUGUGUUUUUUCGUAUAUGGAGGAACUUUUGUAAGGAUGGUGGUUUCCAGACGCUUCCAAAAAAGUGCUGUAUUGCCAAUUAAAUUUCCAAAUGUGUUGGUGUGCAGUACUACAAAACUAUCAUUUUGAUGUUCAAGCAGAGCUGAUUAAUAAUUGCUGCAGAUCACAACUUGAUGAGGGAUAGUAAGAGGAUAUUCGGUGAUUUCAUUGUCAUACUUUUCACUUCUGCCUUGUCAAAUUCGGUUCCUGUAUUAUAAAAAAGAUAGAAAUAAAAAUUACUGAAUACA